GUUCCUGUAGAAGACUGGUAUGUGCUUUAUAAGACAAGCGCUAACGCUGAUUUCGGAGGAUCAGACGCGCUAUGCAUGAGAUACACAGUGCAGGAAUUCCAUCCGGUCGAACAAAAAGCGACCUUCAGAGUACGUUCCCUACCAAAUACCGAAAGAACUGAAACAGUGAUGUAUUAUUCACGACAAGGCGAGCAGUACAAAACAAUUAUGGAAACGUUCAACGGAAAUGACCCAGCGGCGAGGCGAGAUCACGUGGUCUUUUCGGACUGCAUAAACUGCAAACUUGUUGCUUCCCUUUCAACUCAAAACAGCACAGAGUGCGUCCUGUACUCGCCAGCAAGCGCCCUGUCCAGACCCAUACUGCACUGUCAUUUCCUCUACGAUCUAUUCUGCGGCACAGACCGGAAGCUCAGCGUGUCUAACGACACGUGUCUGCGGGCGUCCUCUUGACAUCAUGCUCCAAGUGCUGUCAUCAAUGCAUGCAUGCUCAUUUUCAGGGCAUAUUUAUCAUUGAUUUACAUGCUGUAGUGCGGACAUGCAAUGUGCUAAAAUUAGUUUUCAUGCGUUCCCACAGUUUCCAUGAGCUGUAUAUGUUACAUAAAUAUAUAUAUAUUGUUUUGCUGAAACUAUCACUUUUCUGUAAGCACGCCGCACAUAAGUGUAUCCGCAUAUGCUGCUGUGGACGUCGCAAGCGUAGCAUGCUUUCUUACGACCAGACACUUUAUGUGUGUGUAGUGUCCGUGUAAAGAAAUUGUGUACGAGCAAUUAAACCGUACAUAUCUAUAAAUAAAAAUGUUUACCCAUUG